UAGGCUGUAUGGGCACUGUUCCCCUUACCUUCCCUGAAAAGGGAGAACUUAACCAAAAAAAAAAAACUAAAUAAAUAUUUUUUCGCGCCAAAUUCUGUAUGUCAGUGUCAAAAAGGCGGCGCUUUGCUUUUGCUUCUUUCCUUGUUGCCGGAAUUAUAUUCAUAAAAAUAUUGAACAAUAAUUUUAAAAGUAGUUCAUAAAUUUAACUUGCUUAAGGUUUAUAUAAUUUCAAAAUGGCUAUGCGUGACUAUGCAGCCGAUAAAGAAUCCUUCAAGAAUUUCUUCAUAGAUUUUUGUCAGACUGAUGAUGAAGGCAAUAAGUGCUUCAAAUACGCAGACCAACUAACAAGGUUGGCUCAUAGAGAGCAGAUGGCUUUCAUAGUUGAAUUGGAUGACUUGCACGAAGUGAACGAAGAAUUGUCUGAAGCUGUAAAACAUAAUACUCGUCGCUAUACCAACAUGGUAUCUGAUGUUGUUUAUGAGUUGUUGCCGAAUUACAAGCAUAGAGAGGUUGUGGCCAAGGAUGCUCUAGAUGUGUAUAUUGAACACAGGAUUAUGUUAGAAGCGAGGAAUCACAGGAUCCCAGGCGAAAUGAGGGAUCCUAGGAAUAGAUAUCCGCCAGAGCUCAUCAGGCGAUUUGAAGUGUAUUUCAAAGAUAUGUCUUCAUCCAAAUCAGUACCUAUCAGAGAAGUUAAAGCAGAGCAUAUUGGCAAACUAGUUACAGUAAGAGGCAUAGUGACUCGGUGUACGGACGUGAAGCCCCUGUUGGUGGUGGCUACGUAUUCUUGUAGCGCGUGCGGCGCGGAGACGUAUCAGCCAGUACGCGGGCUGCAGUUCACGCCGCCGCCCGCUUGCUCGGCUGACGAGUGCAGAAUCAAUAAGGCGUCUGGACGGCUGCAUCUGCAGACGAGGGGCUCAAGGUUCCAGAAGUUCCAAGAGUUGAAGAUACAGGAACACUCGGACCAAGUGCCGGUGGGGCACAUCCCUCGUCAGUUGUCCGUAUACUGCCGCGGGGAGAGCACGCGGCGCGCGCAGCCCGGCGACCACGUGGCCGUCACCGGCGUAUUCCUGCCGCAGCUCAGCGCCGGCUUCAAGCAGAUGGUGCAGGGGCUGCUGUCCGAUACGUACCUGGAGGCGCACUGUGUAACAUGCUUGAAUCAAAGCGAUGAGAGCGAAAUGGCGGAAGCGCUGACUGAGGAGGAACUCGCGGAGUUGGCCGAAGAUGACUUGUACUCGCGUAUGGCGCGCAGUCUCGCACCGGAGAUCUAUGGACACGAAGAUGUUAAAAAGGCACUGCUGUUACUACUCGUGGGCGGUGUCGAUAAGCGUCCCAACGGCAUGAAGAUCAGGGGUAACAUUAACAUUUGCCUGAUGGGCGAUCCGGGGGUGGCCAAGUCUCAGCUGUUGAACUACAUAGAUAGACUUGCACCUCGCAGCCAGUAUACUACGGGGAGGGGUUCUUCCGGCGUCGGAUUAACGGCCGCUGUACUUAAGGAUCCGUUUACCGGCGAGAUGAUGCUGGAAGGUGGAGCUCUAGUAUUGGCAGACCAGGGAGUGUGUUGUAUCGAUGAGUUCGACAAGAUGGCCGACGCUGACCGUACUGCUAUACACGAGGUCAUGGAGCAACAGACAAUUAGCAUCGCCAAGGCGGGUAUAAUGACGUGUUUGAACGCGCGCGUCUCCAUAUUGGCAGCGGCGAAUCCAGCUUACGGCCGAUACAAUCCAAAACGGACAAUUGAACAGAAUAUACAGCUGCCGGCCGCUUUGCUGUCCAGAUUCGACCUGCUGUGGCUCAUACAGGACAAACCGAAUAGGGAGAAGGAUUUGGAGUUAGCGAAGCACAUAGCUUACGUACACCAACACUGUAGUCAACCGCCUACUUCAGUCCGCGCGCUAUCAAUGAGACUGGUGCGACGAUACAUUGCUCUCACGCGCCGCAAGCAGCCAGUCGUGCCGCGCGUCCUCGCCGAUUACAUUGUGUCGUCGUAUGUGGAACUCCGUCGUGAGGCUAGGAACGCCCGUGACGUCACUUUCACGUCAGCCAGAAAUUUGCUGGCGAUUCUACGGCUUUCCACUGCUUUGGCGAGAUUAAGAUUGUCCGAUGUUGUCGAAAAAGAAGAUGUCUCAGAAGCGAUUCGCCUCGUAGAGAUGUCAAAGCAAUCUCUUACUCACGUCGAAGAUAAUACCCAAAGGGGCAUCAGCUCGACAGAUCGCAUCUUCGCGAUUAUCCGCGAUUUGGCCGGCUCUAGUACUACGGUCAAGAUAGCGGACGUCAUAGAGCGCUGCGUCGACAAGGGAUUCAAACCCGAUCAGGUGGAUGCGUGUAUUGAGCAGUAUGAAAACUUGAAUGUCUGGCAAGUGAAUCAAGUUCGUACGAAGAUUACCUUCAUGUAAAGAUUAUAUACCUACUCAAAAUAUCGUUAAAGUUGCGCGAGUUCCAACGCCACGUGGUAUUGAAGGACAAGCGAGAGUCAAAACUUUUAUACCCGAUUGUUUUGAAAUGAUGCUCAAGAAAAAUGUUACGAACCAGUGUGCCUGAAUAUGGUUAAGGAAAAUAUGUUGUGUGAAGUGAAAUCAAUGUUUCAUUUGUAUUGUUCUUAUUUCUAAAACUGAACCACUUUUGUUAGUUUGUUAAUUAGAUGUAAGCGACUUAUUUUGGCAAAUAAAGACAUUUGAAGAG